GGGUAAUAUAAUAUAAUAUCUAUUAUUAUUUUAGUAUUGUUUAUCCUUGUGUUUAUUAUUAUACAGUUACAGUAUCAAAUCAAUAUAUCGUGGGUACAAACAAUGUAACUGAUUAAAUUAAUGUUUUUUAUAAAAAAAAAAAAGUUUCAAUUCUACGUAUGUUACAGAUUAAUGUCUUUUAUACUGUCUAAUAUUAUAAAAUCAUGGAUCAAGCUAUAACAGAUUUAGAGCGAGCUGUAAGUACAUACUGUGCCUAUUUACAAAUAAUAUUUUGUCUUCUAUGCUGUAUAUAGAGCAUCCUCAAUAUGACUAUUUACUCAUUUAAACGUACUCUUAUCCUCAACUUGUAGUUCUGACACAGACUUUAAGUUCAUCUCAUUUGUUCUUAAUGGCUCCUUGGAUUUAUCUGAAAUUCUAUCUGCUCUAAAAUGUAUUUACAUCUUACGUAGUUACGUAUCCCUUUGUAUAUUUCUAGAAACCAUACCCUUUUCUAUAUUCUUUCACAUUUUUGAUGGUUAUAUCCAUUCAUUACAUCGUAGGUAUGUUUUGAUUGUUAAAUAGUACUGCUAUAUAUUGUUUACCUUAGUACGUACUAAAUGUUUAAUUUUUAGAUACUUUGUAUAGUGUUAUACUUUGCAUCAAACUCAGUUAAGUUACUAAGUUAAGUUAAUUUUAAGUUACUACAACUGUUAAAUAAAACUCGAUGUUUAUUUACUAUUUUGUUACUAUCAAAAUUUCCAAUUAGCAUUAAUAAAAUAAAUAAAUGUUUUUUCUAAAAACCUAAAAAAUCAGACAUAUGUACUUAACAGGUCCAAGGGUAUGCCUUUUUUAGUUCGGAUUGUAAGUCUGAAUAUUAUUUAUUUAUAAUAAUAUUAAUUAUAAAUUGUUUAGAAACAUUCUGAGUGAAACCUCAAAUAUUAAUAUUUCUAUAAUUUGUAUAAUAAAUUUCUUUCUCUAGUCAGUUUUCUUACAUUUUUGAAAAAUCUGUUGAGAAGAUAAGUCUAUUGUCAUUGGUUUUAAAAUAUACUAUAAAAUCAAUAUUAUUACCUACCUAAGUAUUAAUAUUCAUUAUCAUAAAAUAUCUAUGUUUAUGUGCAAAUUUGUUACACCAUUGUAAAAUGUACUUACCUACAACUUUUUCAAUUCUUACUCAGCUUAAUAUCUAUAAAACUGCUGUUUACAGAUAAUUGGUGUACAAAAAAGAAUAGACGGAUUGAUUUGGAAAAUAAAACAAUGUGAAAGAGUGUUGUUUUCAGAAAAUGAAACAUCCUAUUCGGUAAAUCAUGUACAACAUAUUAAUAACUUAUUAAGUAUUGAUAUUUUAAAAUAAUAACAAUUUUGGUUUUUAAUAGAAUUUGAAUUUAAUAUUCAUAAUAACUUAAUUCAGAUUAAUAUAUUUACUAAAUUACCUAGUUAAUGUGACAAUCAUUUUGAUAAUUUAUUGCAUAAACUUAGAAAAAUUUAAGAUUAUUAGUUGUAAAAUAUACUUUAUAUUUUAUAAAUCACUUUAGUGGCUCAAAAAUGAAUGAUAAAGUAUUUUUUAAUAACUAUAUUGGUAUAACUGGAUUGCUUAAUGACCAUAGCCUAAUUAACAAAUUACUGCUUCAUUUUUUAAUACAAAUUUAUGUUUUAUAGUAUUUUUCUCUCUGCAAUAUGGUCAAGUUGAACAUGCUUAAUAUAUUUAUUUUGGUUUUUAUCAUAUUUUAAAAAUUGAGUUAAAUUUAUUUUUAAUUUUAUCAUGAUAAUUCAACAUGUUAAAAUGUUGAUCUGUUUUCUACUAUAGUUUUAUUAUUCAACAAAACAAGUAUUGCAGCUUUGGAAAAUAUAAUAGAAGGGGGCUCAGAAUGAUUUUUUGCAUUAUUUUUAUUGAUGAUAAUGAUUUUAUUACCUCAAUUUCAACUGGGCAGGCACUAUGAUUAUGGUCAGUGUUAGAAACAAUAACUUUAAUGUUGUCAUCAGUUGUAAUACUUCCUUGACAAUUAUUUCCAUUGUUUUUAGAUUUUUUUAUACAAUUCCAACAUAUCCCCACUUUAACAAGUUUAUGUUUAACAUAUGCAAAAUUAUCAAAUAUGAAUUUUUUACCACUUCUUUUAGUUUAUAUUAUUUCUAUUAUAAAAUACACAAGAAUGAACAGUUUACAUGCCCGACACAAUAUUACAAACUAUACUUCUUAGUAAAGUAAGAGACCUAAAAGCAAUAUAUUGUUAAUAGUUUAGAUAAUUUGUGUUUAGUUUAUCAAUCAUUACCCAUUAAAUUGGGUAAAAAAUACAUAACGUGAAUGAUGAUAGUCGAUAGAAUCAAGAUAAUAUUUAUGAAUACGUCUAAAAUGCAUAUACAAUAUUUAAAAAGUUUUUAAUGUCAAAAAUAUUAUAUUAAUGUAAAGAAAUAUUGAAAGCGAAAAUGAUAUUUUAGUUCUACUUUAAUAACUGCAUAAUUAUUAAAAUUUCGUUUAUCCAAAUCAUAAAAUGUCUUUAAUAUUUUAAGGGGGUCUGUUACCUGCUUCAAGUAGCUUGUAGCAAGUAGCUCUCAGCUUGUACUUAGGAAAUAUGUAUUAUAAACAUAAUAUCAAUGGUUUUAUAAUUUAUAAAUAUAGAUUAACCAGCAGACAAUUUCACCACAAAUAUGUUUAAUACCUAUUAGAUUAUAUGUAAUACUCUGUUUUACAUUAUUAUUAAUAAGCAGGCAUAUACAUAUGUGUAGGAUAAUAUUUUAGGAGGUAUAACAUAUUAAUAUAACCUAUUAGUAUAAUAUUUCUUUGCUGAACCUAACCUAUUAUUAUAUAUCACUGUUAGCAGUGUGGUUAACUUUUGCAGCUUAAUUCUUCGACCUCAUUGUUUGGCCAUUAAAAACUGAAAUCCCUCCCCCCAUAAAAAGCCUGACUAUGGCAUUGGGCCAAACCUGAUUUCUGAAUAAAUUAGGGAAGUUUUAAACUAAGCCCUAUAAAAACUAAUUGGUAAUUGCUACACUGCUCCGCUAAGCAAAAAUGCCGUAACUCAAAAAAAAAUUAGUUACCUAUGCCAUUUAAUGGGUGUAUUAAUAUUAUACACAUUUUCUGUUGAAAGAAAACCCCCCAAAAUUCAUUUAAUAGGUUAACAACACAAUUAUAGUUUAUUUAAAAUAGCAUGUAAGUAACCAAAAAAAUGAUUGGUACUAAGCAAAAACGCCGUAUCUUAUAUUUAUUUCUAUGGUCUAUUAAAGUUACGGUGUUAUUGCUGUUUUUUCUGAAGCAAUUGUAUAAUUGUAUAUUAAUAGUUUCUAAAUUGUUAUUAUUUCAAAAAUUUAAUAUUUUGUUACUUAUAACUUAUAAUAAUUUUAUUUUUUCCUGAUUAUAAAUUAUUUUUUAGUGUAUUCAUGAUCAUUGCAAUUAAUGUUAAUAAUAAUGCUGUAAAAUUGAAUAACACCAUUUUUCCUUAGUAAAUAUAAGUAUAUACGGCUUAUGUCGUUGAGUAAUAACAUAAAAGUAACUAAAUCAUAUAAUAAGUCAAUAGGUACUAUUUGAUUAUUAUUUUAUUUCAUCUCUUGUCAAAAAUACUAUACAGACAGAUAUGGUUAAAAUUGUUUUAUAUGAAAUAAAAUAAAAUAGUAAAGGUGUAAAAAAUGAAAAAUACAAAACUGCAUUUUUUUCAAAACUAAUAUAUUUGUUUUUACGACACUUUUGCUUAGCACAAGGCAGUAUAGUAUCCUUUACAUAUUUUUAUAUUUACACAGAUAAACAAUAUGAUUCCUUAUAUCAAAAAUUAUAUUUCUUUAGUAAAUUGAUGAGUAGGUAUACUAGGUCAGACCAAAUUAAUAAGUUUAUUUAUAAAUAUAACGUUCCAAAAAAUAUUUAUUUUUACUUUUCUAUUAAAUACACUCAUUAAUUUAUUGAAUAGGUACUAAUAAGAUUAUUGUUUAAUAAUAAUUUUGAAUCAUAAUUUAGUGUAAAAUUAUGUCAAUGAUGGCCGAUUUAACUGAGAAGUGUCAUAAAUACGAUCAAAUAUUAUUGACACUUAAUGAAAGUAGAAACGAGCAAAUGGCAUACGCUGAUACAUUACAACUACAAGUCAACUUAGUCAAAAGCAAAGUAGAAACCUUAACGGCACUUAUUACAGGAGGAAAGGCGACUGAAAUUGAAUUAGUCUAAAAACUAACACUUAAAUUAUAUUUUUAUAUUGACUGUACUAUGUAUUAUUUUGAAUUAUAAACAAUACCUAAUCUAUAUUUUCGCAUGAACCUAAAAUUUACCAAAAUAAAAAAUUAAUUUUUCGUUACUUAACAAUAAAACUAUUAGUAUAUUUUAUACCUGUAGAAAUUUUAAUAAAAAUAUGAUAAAUAGUUAAUUUAUUAAUAAUUAUUAUGAUUUGUGCGUAUGUGUGUAUUAUAUUAUAUAUUAUAUUUAUUCGCCCUUGAAACGUAAAUACUAACCGUCGUUCAUUAUCUAAUAUAAUGUAGGUACACCUACCUAAUAUUAAUGUUUUGCAUUAUAAAAACCUUGAC